ACACACACACCCCAUCCCCUGAGUCAGCCCCUGCCUCGCCUGUCCGGGAGGGGCGGGGUCACUGAUCCAGUUACCAGCUCCUCUUUAAAGCCCCCACCAGGGCAGCUGCAGCCAGACACUGCUACCCUCACCAUGCGCCCCUGGCUGCCCCCCGUCCUGGCGCUCCUGGUCCUGGGCUGCUGCUCUGCUGCCCCCCGGCCGCACCAGCCCACCGUUGUGGUCUUCCCAGGAGACCUGCGCACCAACCUCACUAACACGCAGCUGGCAGAGGAGUACCUGUUCCGCUAUGGCUACACCCAAGUUGCCGAUAUGCACGACCGCAAGCAGUCCCUGAGUGAGGCGCUGCGGCGCCUCCAGAAGCGCCUGGCCCUGCCGGUGACCGGUGAGCUGGACAGCACCACCCUGGAGGCUCUGCGUGCCCCGCGCUGUGGCGUCCCAGACGUGAGCAGAUUCCAGACCUUCGAGGGCGACCUCCAGUGGCACCACCGAAACAUCACGUACUGGAUCGAAAACUACUCGGAAGACUUGCCACGCGACGUGAUCGACGACGCCUUUGCCCGCGCCUUCGCGGUCUGGAGCGCCGUGACGCCGCUCACCUUCACCCGCGUGUACGGCCGGGAGGCGGACAUCGUGAUCCAGUUCGGUGUUAGGGAGCACGGAGAUGGGUAUCCCUUCGACGGGAAGGACGGGCUCCUGGCGCACGCCUUCCCCCCUGGCCAGGGCAUCCAGGGAGACGCCCACUUCGACGAUGAAGAGCUGUGGUCCCUGGGCAAGGGCAUCGUGGUUCCGACCAGGUUUGGGAACGCCGAUGGCGCCCCCUGCCACUUCCCCUUCACCUUCGAUGGCCGCUCCUACUCCGCCUGCACCACGGACGGCCGCUCGGACGACCUGCCCUGGUGCAGCACCACCGCUGACUUUGACACUGACCGUCGGUUCGGCUUCUGCCCCAGCGAGAAACUCUAUACCCAGCACGGCAACUCGGACGGCAAUCCCUGCGUGUUUCCCUUCACCUUCGAGGGCCGCUCCUACUCCGCCUGCACCACCGACGGUCGCUCGGACGGCUACCGCUGGUGCGCCACCACUGCCAACUACGACGAGGACAAGCUUUACGGCUUCUGCCCCACCCGAGUCGACUCCACUGUGUCCGGGGGCAACUCAGCGGGGGAGCUGUGCGUCUUCCCCUUCAUCUUCCUGGGCAAGGAGUACUCAGCUUGUACCAGGGAGGGCCGCAGCGAUGGGCACCUCUGGUGCGCCACCACCUCGAACUUCGACAGAGACAAGAAGUGGGGCUUCUGCCCGGACCAAGGAUACAGCCUGUUCCUUGUGGCUGCACACGAGUUCGGCCACGCCCUGGGCCUAGAUCACUCAUCUGUGCCAGAGGCCCUCAUGUACCCCAUGUACAGCUACACGGAGAAGCCCCCGCUGCAUGAGGACGACGUGAAGGGCAUCCAGCAUCUGUAUGGUCCUCCCCCUCAACCUGAACCACAGCCUCCAACCACCACACCUGCAACCCAGCCCACCGCGCCCCCCACGGUCUGCGUCACCAGUCCUCCCACUGCCCGCCCCUCAGAGAUCCCCACUGCUGGCCCCACCGGCCCCCCUACCGCUGGCCCCACAGAUGCCCCCACUGCGGGCCCCACGGGUCCCCCCACUGCUGGCCCUUCAGCAGCCCCUACCGCGUCUUUGGGUCCAGCGGAGGAUGUUUGCAAUGUGGACAUCUUCGAUGCCAUCGCAGAGAUCGGGAACUACCUGCAUUUAUUCAAGGAUGGAAAGUACUGGCGGUUCUCUGACGCCCAGGGGCGCCGGGUGCAGGGCCCCUUCCUGAUCCGGGACACGUGGCCCGCGCUGCCCUCCAAGCUGGAUUCCGCCUUUGAGGAGCCAGCCACCAAGAAGAUUUUCUUUUUCGCUGGGCGCCAAGUGUGGGUCUACACGGGCACGUCGGUGCUAGGCCCGAGGCGUCUGGACAAGCUGGGCUUGGGCCCGGAGGUGGCCCAAGUCACUGGGGCCCUCCCGCGUGGUGUGGGUAAGGUGCUGCUGUUCAGCGGAGAGAAGUUCUGGAGGUUCGACUCGAAGACGCAGAAGGUGGAUCCCAAGAGCGCCACCUAUGUGGACCAGAUGUUCUCCGGGGUGCCCUUAAACACACACGACAUCUUCCAGUACCGAGAGAAAGCUUACUUCUGCCAGGAACGCUUCUACUGGCGUGUGAGUUUCCAGGGCGAGGACAACCAGGUGGACCAAGUGGGCUACGUGACCUUCGACAUCCUGCAGUGUCCCGAGACCUGAGGCCCCCCCAUCCCACCUCAGCACUGCAGUGUGGGUCCCCGUGGGGACUCUCCUGAUGGGGAAGGAGCCAGUUUGCCGGAUACAAACUGGUGGGUCUGGUUUGAAGAACAGAGGAUGAGUGGGGGUGGGCUGGGCCCUCUCAUCCCACCUUCCUUUUCUGUUGGAAUAUGUUCAAUAAACUUGGAUUCUCUAACCUUGA